AUGCUGGAAAGGGAGCGGUUAGUAGAAAAAGACCGAGAGCCCGGUCUCUUUGGUCGUCUCCUGCGCAAAGUAGAUGGCUGCGAUGUGAAGUUCAUCUUUGAUGGAAAGAUGGAUGAAAGUAUGGUCACCGUAGAUGACCCGUACGAACGUACAAGCGAGCGAAUGCAUCUCUUCGCCAGCACAGAGCCGGUGCGAGGCCGUGUGAUGCUCACACCAAAAGGAAAUUACCGCCACAAUGGAGUUCUCAUAGAGCUCGUUGGAGUCAUAUCAACAUUCGGGGAGAGUGUGCAGAAACUGGAUUUUAUGCGACAAGAUAAACGUUUUGAACCAGACGCGCUGCGUAAUCCAACACCACUUGAAUUUCACUUUUCCGCUCCAAAGGAGUAUGAAUCAUAUCGUGGUAUUAAUGCACGGGUCUCUUAUUUCCUUCGGGUGACGAUUCAGAGACCUGUGAAGAAUGUAACCGAGAUGGAGGAAGUUUGGGUGAGUAGAGUAGAUGAACAGAUGAGUGAUACCCAACCCGAUGCCUCACGUCAUCGAAGUUACUUUCGAGAAACUGUAUUUGGUCCACAAUCCACAUCUAUGGAUGUUGGUGUGGAUAAUGUACUGCAUAUUGAGUUUAAGUAUGAUAAGAAAAUCUUUCAUCUAGGCGAGCGAGUACUUGGAAAGGUGACUUUUAAAGUAGCAGAUAUGGAUAUUAGGUAUGGUGAGAUUGGUGUAGUCCGGAAAGAAUAUAUUGGCCCUGGUAAAACAACAGAUUUAAUGCAAUCCGAAACACUACAGAAGUUUGAAAUUAUGGAUGGAACACCUAUUGUAGGAGAAGUGGUGCCUAUUCGCUUAUAUCUUCGAUCUAUUCCGAAUCUCACUCCAACCUAUUCCAGUGUACAUAACUGCUUUCGCGUAUUAUACUUUCUUAACCUGGUGCUUAUCACAGGUGAGGGAAAACGAUACUUUAAGCAGCAGGAGAUUACACUCUACCGCAGGCGAGGACAGGACGCACCUGCGAGAUCAAAGGCAGGUCUCUCUUGA